GUAAAAGAGGAGCACAUGAUGUUUUCUUCUCCUAUUCUUUGACAUCCUCCAAAAAAAGAAGGGAGAGAACAGGACUGGAAAUGCUCCCGAUUCCCGUCCUCAUUUGGUCAGUGCCUUAAUUUGUAUUGUGUAAGUAAACAGGGCGCUGCCUUUGUUCAAUUCAAAUCCUGUUUGGUCGAGUUCCUUGAUCAGAUGCCAUUCAAAUGUUGUGCGCUUUCAAGCUACGGAGCCUCGUCUUCCUGUGGCGAUCUUUGAUGCGAGCAUUGGUCUUGUUCAUCUCCCAUUUCCUCUGGUGAUCCAUCCCAACCAACCAACUGGCAAUCGCCAUACCUCUCUUGGUGUUCACAUCGAUCCGUGCUGGCACAAUCUUCUUGAUCGGGAACUAGUUGUUCUGUCAUGCAUCUUCAUCGUUGUCCACGACGAUGGGAUCACUGGACUACUACGAGAUCCUGAAUGUGGACCGGAGCGCGACCGACGAUGAUCUCCGCAGGGCCUACCGCCGGCUGGCCAUGCGGUGGCACCCCGACAAGAACCCGGAAGGCAAGAGCGACGCCGAGGCCAAGUUCAAGGACAUCACCGAAGCCUACAACGUUCUCAGCGACGCCACCAAGAGGGCGGUGUAUGACCAGUACGGAGAGGAGGGGCUCAAGGACCCGCCGCCGCAGCCAGGCGGUAGCGUCGACGACAUCUUUGCCGAGUUCUUUGGAAGCACCCCGUUCACGUACAGCAACAACACGCGCGCCAAGCAGCAGCAGCAAACGGCGUGGGACGGCGGUUUCGGCCGGCCUUACGACCAGGGCGUCGGCGCGGGUGCGGCGGCCAUGGCGGCGCCGCCGCCGGUGGAGAGCAAGCUGGCGUGCACCCUGGAGGAGCUCUACACGGGCGUCACCAAGAAGAUGAAGAUCUCCAGGAACGUCGUCGACGCCACCGGGAGGAUGAAGACGGAGUCUGAGAUUCUGUCGAUCGAGGUGAAGCCGGGGUGGAAGAAAGGCACAAAGAUCACGUUCCCGGGCAAGGGCAACCAGCAGUGGAACCAGCUCCCCGCCGACCUGGUGUUCGUCGUCGACGAGAGGCCACACGACGUGUACCGCCGUGACGGGAACGACCUGCUGGCUGAGGCCCGGGUUACCCUCGCGGAGGCGCUGGGCGGCACGGUGGUCGUGCUGGCCGCCCUCGACGGCCGCGAGCUGGCGGUGGACGUGGGCGGCGGCGAGGAGGACGGCCCCGUGGUGUGCCCGGGGUACGAGCUGGUGGUGCCGAUGGAGGGCAUGCCCAUCGCCCGCGAGCCUGGACGCCACGGGAGCCUCAGGAUCAGGUUCGACGUCGCGUUCCCGGACCGGCUAACGCGCCCCGCGCGAGCGCAGAUCAAGCGCAUCCUGGAACUGGAAGCCGCCGGCGGCUAGGCUGGGCCGCGAUCGACAUGGAUGUGCGUGUGUCUCGCCGGCCACCAGAAAAACUACUGUCGGUUCCCGCGUUUAUGUACGCGCGCGUGUACAUUAUUCGUAUACGUCUAUUUGCCGUAUUUUAGCAUGUUCA